UAUGUAAAUGGAUCCUAAAGAUAGAUGCACAUGUAUUUAUUUAUGUGCAUAUAUGUAUAAACACACAUAUAAACAUAUAUAUUUAGUGAAACAAUGACACCUAGUGUUACAGAAGGAUCAAAAUAAGGUUCUCUAUUUGAUUUUAGAACUAGGGAGACAUGAAUAUGAUAGUAGAUAGGAAGGAACUAUCAGAGAGGUUGACAUUACCUGAUGUAUGUGAAGGAGAAGCAAUCACCUCUUGAAUCUGUUUCUAUUUAUUGGCUCUCCAGAAUUAGAAGUAACACACACCUUGAACCAGUCCUUGAGAGAGUAGAAAACCCAAUCUAUUGGUCAGAACCUGGAUUUAAACUAAAAAAAUGGGGAGGGGGAAGAGAAUAAAAAUUACACAAGAAACUCAGGUUGUUUUCAAUUAAAAUGAAUUUUAAUCUUGAAAAAUGAGGCAAAUAAUAGAAUUCACAAAAUCACACAAUGACAGUUGGGACAGUUUGACAGUUGGGACUUCAGGGAUCAUUUUGUCCAAUCCACAUUUGAAGGGAAUUCUUACUAAAACAUACCUAGCAAGUGGUUUUCCAGUCUUCACCUGAAGACCACCAAGAAGGGGGAACCCACCACUUCUUGUCCAUUUCUGGACAGCUCUAUUCACAGAUAAGUAUUCCCUGAUACUGAGCCUAUGUUUGCCUCUUUACAGUUUGUACCCAUUGUGCCCAGUUCUGCCAGCUAGGGCCAUAUCAGCAUAUCCCUCCUCUCCCCCCCCAUCUGAAAUGAUCUCUUCUCCAGUCUUUUUCUUCUAAGUUCCUUCAUCCUGCCCUCAAGGACUUUAUAAUCUAUUUUAGAGGUAAGCUGUUGUAGUCGUUCAGUUCAGUUAUUUCCUGGCAUGUCAACAGUUUGUGAUGUUAUCUUGGGUUUUCUUGGCAAAGAUACUGGAGUGGUUGGCCAUUUUCUUCUCCAACUCACUUUACUGAUGAGGAAAUUGAGGCAAACAGGCUUAAAUAACCUGCCCAGAGUCACAUAGCUAGUAAGUAAGUAAGUAAGUAAGUAAGUAAGUAAGUAAGUAAGUAAGACUUAAACCCAAGUCUUACUGAUUCCAAGGGCAACCUGGGUCAGGCUGCCUUUCCUACUUAACAAAUUUUGGUGGAUUUAACUGAAUUAUGUGUCACCUGAAAUAACCAUUUCCUUAUUGUUAAUAGUAUAAUGUUUCUUACUGAUAUCUGGAUAGAUUUUUAAAUCUGCAAGAAGAAGACUUUUGGCUGCUUCAGAGCCUGAGAGUCAACUUGCAAGUAAUAACAUAUUGAAAACAGCAAAAAAUGUAUGUAGUUGACAGUUAAGCUGGGAAUGAUAUGAAGGCUAAAGGGAUCAAAAUGGUAUUAGAUUGGAUCAGUUUGCAAAUGGGCCAAAAGCAAAAGUCUAUAGAAAGAACCUCAAUAAUAGAACUUGAUGGCAGAUGGUAGAAGGGAGCUUCAAAUCUUCCCUUUAUUCAAAGUACAUUUAUUGGAAGAAAGAGAUUUCUGGCCUCCAAAUGCCCAUCCAUGAAGAUAAUUUUGAAUUUUACUAUGUUACCACAAAUUCCAUGAUAAAAGGGAUGACCUUUGUCCAUAGAAAAGGAGGCAAAAUCAUCAUUAAAUGGGUCUUUAAACCCCUAACGUGACAUUGUAAGUAAGGGUUUAAGGACUACUAAUCCCAAUUUUCAGUCCUUGCCCAUACCACCUAUUUUGGGAUCAUAUCAGACCUUCUUGGUGCUCUAAUUAGAAAUGAAUGUCCAUCUUAUGUCCCUGAAAAUUUUUGCAUUUCUAAAUCAAGUUGGAAUUGUAAGUAUGUAAAGUCCAUAGGGAAAUAUAACUACCAUGCUAUAUAUCUUGAAUAAAGAAACAACCUUGGAUUUCCUAAUGGAAGGAAAAGAUUGGAACUCAAGGCAAUUCUCUGUACUAGCAGUGCUUUGAAGUAAGUUUUCUUGACAUCAUCCUAUGGCAUAUUUUUGCUUUGCUAUAGAUGAAUAGUUUUCUUAAAAAAACAUUAAUACUGAUUCCAUGUACUUCGAGUACAAAAAAAUAAGAAAAAAUUCAAAUAUUGCAAAUAAAAAGAAAAGUAAUAAUGAAAAAAUUCAGGAAUUCAAUGUGUCAGCCAAAACAGUGUCCAAUUUGUCUAUUGACUUUUAUAAUGGUAUUAUCUUCAGUUCAGUCAGGAGGAAGGUACAAAUAAAGACAAUUGCAUGUGUCAAUCAGUGUUGAUAGAAGGUAUCCAUUUUACAUGUGAGCAAUGAAUCCAAGAGUCCUUUUCUCCAGUACUGAUAGCUGAUGAAAUGGUUAACAGUACUUGAAAUAUACCUUCCCAGGUAGACUGAGUUCCUCCAGUUUGUACACCUUGUCUCCUGGGUGUAGGUCAUGGAAUGAGAAGUCUAGAGGUGCAGAUCCAGAGUCACGGAGUUCUCACAAUUUGACCUAUAAGACCUGUAUAUAUAAAGCAAUAGAAGUUUUCUGCAUCCCAUCCCCCAGUAAUGAUGUGCAUACAAGAGUAAAAGGUUUAGCCUGUAUGGGGGAAUGUCCAAAAAGCAUCUCAAGUGGUGAGGUGUGUAGAUCUCCCCUGGGCCUUCUUAGAAGAUAAAACAGAGCUGGUGGGGAUAACUUCAGGUCAUUUUAAGUGAGUUUCAGUGCAGAAUUUUACAAUCAUAUUAUUAAGAUCUCUAUUCAUUCUCUCAUCUUGGCCAAAGUUCUGGGAGUGAUAUGGAAUAUGGAAAUGGAGAGUGAUCCCCGAACAAGAAUAAAUCUCAGACAACACUGAAUCAGUAAAAUGGGUUCCCCUGUCUGAAUCAAUUCAUGCUGGCAGGCCAAAGUGAGGGAUGAUCUCCCUUAAGAGCACCUUGGCAAGAAAAACUGCUAUGGCUCAAUCCACUAUGACCAGAUGAACUUUAUAAUGUCCAGCCUUAGGCAUAGUAAUAAAGUCAAUUUGUAAAUGCUCUAAAUGUGUUUAAGCCAGAGGAUGUCCACCAAAAGCUUUGCCACAAAAAGCAUGUUGAUUGUAUGCUUGGCAAAUUGGACAGGCUGCACAUACUUCAGAGGCUAUGGUCAUUAUGCUAGGGGUUAUCCAUAUUUUUUUGACAGAAUAUACAAUACACUGGGUGCCAAAGUGACCAUUUUUGUGAAUGGAUAAGCAUAGUUGGUGAUAAAAACUUCUGGGGAGUAGAGGUUUUCCUUCAGAUGACACCCAUACCCUAUUGAUCUAUUUUGCUUUAAACUUUUGUUUCCACUUUUCCACUUCCUGUUCUUUAUAAGAGAGAGAUAAAUUUGAGUCAUUACUAGUUACCAAAGUUAAAAUCAAUUCAGGUUCUUCUAAGGCAGAAAGCUUUGCUGCAGUAUCUGCCUGGUAGUUCCCUCUAGAGAUAGGGUCAGUUCCACCUUUAUGGGCAGAGAAAUGAACUACAGCUAGGGCUUUAGGUAGCUGGGGAGCAGAAAGAACUUCAUUAAUAAUCACUGCAUUUGUGAUAUACUUUCCUGCAGAGGUUAAAACCCCCUUUUGGAUCCAUAGCAUACUCACUGCAUGUCAUAUUCCAAAGGCAUAUCUAGAGUGUAUGUAAAUUGUUGCUUUCUUACCCAUGGCAAGUAUAAAGGCAUGUUUUAGAGCUAUUAGUUAUGUACCUUGAGAACUUAUAUUUGAAGGCAGUGAAGAGUGAUUUGUGAGGAAAGAUAAUGAGUUCUGUUUUGGACAUGUUGAGUGAGAGAUGUUUAUGGAAAAUUAAGUUGAAGAUAUCUAACUGUAAGUUGGUAAUGUGAGCCUGAGAAUUCAGGAGAGAAGUUACAGAUGGAUAAAUAGAUGAGAAUUAUAUGCAUAGAGAUUAUAGUUGAAACCAUGGGAAUUGAUGAUAUUGCCAAGCAAAAUAGUAUACAGGGAGAAGAGAAGAAUGCUCAGGACAGGGCCCUGGGGCACAAAUGGGUAUAGUAUAGUCUGAACAAAGUUCCAGUGAAGGAGACUGAGAAAGAUUAAUUGAGUGCUAUAUCUCUGUCUAUUCCAACUUCUUUCUUUACUUUACCAUUUGCAGGUGAUAUUCUAUAAUAUGUUUAGUGUUGUGGGGUUGCCCUUCUGAUAAAUUCAACUGAAUUAAACAAACAUUUAUUAAAGUGCCUAAGUUCAAGGCUCUGUAUUAAUCAUUAAAUAACUAGAAUCAACUUCCUAACACAGAGAUAUGGGCAGAAAGGAGCAUGAACUGCUGAGGGCUCUCUAUCCUUGAAGAAUUUUCAGAAUGAUAUAGAGUGCCUUCUAUUGUAAGAGCUAGAGGAGUAGAAGAGUAAUCCUCCCUAGAGGUAGAAUAGACUAAACAAACGAAGGGGUAAGGACUUUUCCUGUCUGAAAUAGUAGUAGUGUAGAGAGAGAAACCUCUCUGCUAAGUCUAGUCCUGGAAUACCUGCCCACUUCUUUCCAUGCUUCUGUUUUCAGUUCAAGACUGAUACAUGUCAACAGAAGUCCAGGGAUCAGGAUGAUGGCAUGACCCCCAGAGAAUUCAGAACCUGCCUGCAGCCCUGGAAACACUAACCUUUAGGGAAUAAGCUUCAUUAUAAAGAAACUUUUCCAGCCACUCUAGCUCAGAGAGGACUGCUUUGUUGACUCAAGAAUCAGCUCCUGUUAGAUUUGGUCCCAAUCCAUGCAUCAGCCAUGGCCUUGUCACUCAACAGCUCUUCAACCCAGGUGAUUGAGUUUCUCUUGAUCUGCUUCCCUGGCAUGCAGGACACACAACACUGGCUGUCAGUACCACUAACUCCUCUUUUUGUUCUCGCUCUGGGGGCCAAUGUGGUGCUAUUGCUGGUCAUCCAGAAGGAGGCUUCUCUGCAUGAACCUAUGUAUUACCUGUUGGCCAUGCUCUCCCUCUUGGAUAUUCUUCUCUGCCUAACUGUUAUCCCUAAGGUAUUGCUCAUCUUCUGGUUCAACAUAAAGACUAUAAGCUUUACUGGCUGCUUCCUACAGAUGUUUGUCAUGAAUACUUUUUUGCCCUUGGAGUCAUCCACCUUUAUGAUUAUGGCUUAUGAUCGCUACGUUGCUAUCUGUCAUCCCCUGCACUACCCAUCCAUCAUCACUGAGCAGUUUGUAGUCAAGGCUGCCAUAUUCAUUAUCUUCCGCAAUUUACUGGCCACACUGCCCACUCCAGUCUUGGCUUCUCGGCUGAACUAUUGUUCAGGAAAUGUAAUUGAAAACUGCAUCUGUACCAACAUCUCUGUGGCUCGACUCUCCUGUGGGGAUAUUCGUCUCAACAAACUCUAUCAGUUUGUGAGUGCCUGGUGCAUAAUGGGCUCUGACUUGGUGCUCAUUUUGCUUUCUUACUGCUUCAUCUUAAGAGCUGUGUUGAGGUUACAGUCUGGAGGGGCAGCCACAAAAGCUCUGAGCACCUGCGGUUCCCACCUGAUCCUCAUCCUUUUCUUCUACACAAUUUUACUGGUCAUCAUCUUUACCAAUAAAGCUGGCAAGAUGAUGACAGCUGAUGUGCCCAUUCUUCUCAAUGUUCUGCACCACCUCAUCCCACCAGCCCUCAACCCUAUUGUCUAUGGAGUUCGCACUCAGGAGAUCAAGCAUGGCAUCUUGAAAUUUCUGAAGUACCAAAAGUGAAGGACGAGAGUUCAAGUUCUCUAGGAAUCAGGAAAAUCUUGGAAUAAUUCAGAGACCAUCUUCCAUUCUCAAAAUCACUCCUCAUCAGUCCAAACUCCUCUUCAUUCCUAAUCACUUCCUCAGUCAGUAUUGAGUAAUAACCAUAUGCAUUAAAAUGUGCUCAAAUUCUAAUUCAGACCCACACAGAACAUGUGACUGAUUGUCAUUUUCUCUGGGCAUUUUUGAACAAGUUUGUAGUUCAGUCAUUUCAGUAGUAUCUGACUCUCUGUGAAUUCAUUUGGGGUUUUCUUGGCAAAAAUAUUGGAGGUAUUUGCCAUUUCCUUCUAUACUCUAUGUAAUUUAGAUAUAUGUAAAUAUUUAUUAGUAUUAGGGAAGGUAGAGGACAGAAAGUUGAAUGGAAGCUAAAUAUUUGAAAGACAACUUCAAAUACUUUGGGGAGAGUGCUAUAGUGGUGAAAGCUUCUAACUCUAUUGAAAUCCUUUCCUUUUCCUCAAAGGAAGAAUGAGUAUUGAAAUGCUAUUUUAACUUAGAGAACAAUAAUAAAAGAUCAAUGAGAGGAAGAUUGAAGACAGAGGAAAAAAUUUUUUAUAAUAUGGAUUGGCUAUGUGUGCCAGAAUAAAAAGCUCUGGUUCUGGAGUUAGAUGACCUGGUUUCAUAUACUCUCUUCCUACUUCAGUAACUAGGAAAUCUUAAGAAGAGAAUUCUAAAGAGUAGAGGAAAAAUAGCAAUACAAAGAGGAAAAGAGACUUGAUUUAGGAAAAGAAACUGGAUUCAGGAAAGGUUUGGGAAGGGAUUAUUUAGAGACAAGAACUCUCCAAUUAAGACACUUAGU